AUGACGCGAUACUCCCUCCCACCAAUCGGCCACUCGAUCCACGGCCAAACACAAGCAACACUCAUGCAGCUGCACCAACAGUCGCUAGAGCGCACCCUCCAGUCCACAAUCACCCUCGUCGACGCCGACAACAACCCCAUCGCCACAAAUCAACAACUGCAGAGGUCUCACACCAAGAAGAAGAAGAAAUUUUACCCGUGGCUCCAACGUGAUUCUCAGAAUCAGCGAGAGAAGAUUGGAGGCGAGGGAUCCCGGCGCCGUCAACGACAUGAUAAUGGCAAGUAUAUUGGGUAUUUUGCUGAUAGUCGUGGAGGAGAUAUAAGAUACAAGUUUGUGCAUCAUCCGUUUGCGGUCCUCUACCAGGCCGACUUGGCCUUUCCAGGCUACGGUCAGGAUGCACCAUCGUUCCAUUGGAAAUACGACUCAGUCAUCGAAUCCCUCAUCCGUAACAACCCUCCUUCCUCAAGACGCUCCAAGGCCGCCAAUGCCAACGAGGAAAUGUCUGAGGCAACCCCUUCUGCAAGUGCGCCUCAGAUCGGCCAUCGACUCUUGACGCGUGCGCAGCGGAAAGAUAUCAAGAAAGUCCAUGUCCCCCAGGGAAUCGUCAUGCAGUAUGAGGGAGAGUUGGUUAACUUUUUGGAUCAGCUUACUCUUUCUGGCGAUGAGAGCGAGAGUAGCGACGAUGAGAGCAACCCUGCUGACGCGUUGACUCUUGUUGCUGCUGCAUCUGUUGCUGCUGCCGAGACGGUGGAGGAGUUGUCCACUUGGGUGGUUAUUGAGAAGCCUGCCGCAGUUGAGACGCAGCCAGCCAAGGAGGUCCUUGUAGAGAAGAAGAAUGAGACUGCUGUUGCUGCUGUUGCUGCUGUUGCUGCUGUUGCUGCGGCGGAGGAGCAAGAGGCCGAGGACGAGGAGAAGCCUCAGGUCUACCUCCGCUGGGACAUUCAGGACCAGUUCCUUCGUUUUGUCGCCCAUGCCCUCGUCGCCUUCUAUGGCCUCGUUUCCUUCAGUAAAACGGCAAAAGAUGGAAAGCGGUGGGUGUACAUUUGCCAUCCCAACCACCUGGACUCGAUCUACCAAUUGGCCUCCACCCCAUCCACCCCAGCAACCACUCCCGGAAGCACUGCAGAGCGGCCGCAAGGUCCUCGUCGCCAAAAGACGUUGGAACACGUUCAAGAGAUGGCCAUGCAUGAGUUGGAGAUACUGUGGAAUCGGAUCGAGCCCACAAAGUUGUUGUCGAGCCAUUGUCCCCGCCCCGAUAUGACGUUCUUUGAAUAUCUUUACCCUGCUACUCAGACUGUCUUUUGA